AUGGCUUCGCCGCACGAAGACGAUGUCUUCGAAAGGCUCAAGAACGGGACGGACCUGAAGGAGCAGCAGCGACAGCAGGAUGAGAUCAACGCGCGAUUGCAAGCUCAACAACAGCGGGCGCAGCAGCGACUGGGCGAAUUGGUUGAAGACAACACCUCGCUGCCAGUGACAAUCUCGUCCGUCCGCGUGCUCCAUGCCAAUCGCACACGGAGAAGUUUCCUCGAGCGGGUGGUUGAGCCACUGCUGAGCGCAAACCGCACCGAGCCAUACACGUUGGAAGAAGCGCUCAAGGAGGUGGGUGAGGCUACCGACAAGCUCAAUCGUUUUGGCAUCUUCAAGUCACCAAUCUCAGUCUACCUCGACCGCCCCAGCCAGACCAUUGCCACAUCCUCGCCUACCGACGUCGAUGUCUACAUCUCGGCCAUUGAGCGCGGCAACUACACCAUCAAGACAGGAACAGAGGCCGGCGCUUCAGAGGCAGACGCCUAUGUCCACGCCGAACUCCGCAAUCUGUUUGGAGGAGCAGAGACGCUCAACGCACACGGAUCCCUGGGUACACGGACGCGCUCAGCCUACUCUCUCGCUUUUGAUACGCCCAUCCUCGCCAACCCCGAUCUCAAGUUUCAGUUGAACGGUUUCGCAAGUUCGACACUUAAAAGCUGGGCGAGCCAUGAAGAGGUUCUCAAGGGUGGAAACUCGAAGCUGCUAUGGAGAAUGAAGAAUGGAGCUACGCAUGAAAUUGGUUACUCAGCCAUUUGGCGGCAGAUCACCAGCCUGGCAGAGAACGCUUCGCCUUCUAUCCGCGCCGAUGCAGGCGAUUCCUUCAAGUCAAGCAUUACACACACCUGGCUUCAGGACAAGCGUGACUACCCUCUUCUUCCAAACAGGGGUUACAUGAUGAAGAGUGUAUCUGAACUCGCAGGUUUUGGUCCCCUGAAAGGUGACACUGCUUUUUGGAAGUCCGAGGUCGAGUCACAAGUCGCACUUCCCUUUGGCAACACUGGCAUUACUCUUACCGCUGGUCUACGAGGAGGUCUUCUCUACCCUAUGAAGCUCGCUGGUGAAAACCAGUAUCAGGCUUCCCGCAUCAACGACCGCUUCCAGCUUGGUGGCCCCAACAAUGUCCGCGGGUUCCGCCUUGCAGGACUUGGUCCCCGUGAUGGACCUGAUUCGCUGGGCGGUGACAUCUAUGCAGCUGGUGGCGCAUCACUGCUCCUUCCCAUCCCACGCGUCGGCAAGGAGACUCCCCUCCGCCUGCAAGCCUUCAUCAACGGCGGCCGCCUUCUUGCACUCAAGAACCCCAACUCCAAAAAGGAAGAUGGAUCCUUUGGCAGCUCAAGCGACGUCUACGGCGCUAUCCGAAAAUCCUUCUCAACCCUCACUGCCGAGAUGCCGAGUGCAGCAGCAGGUUUCGGACUCGUGUACGCACAUCCAGUUGCGAGAUUCGAAAUCAACUUUUCCCUCCCCCUAGUCAUGAGGGCCAAGGAAGAGAGCAGGAAGGGCUUGAGCUUCGGAGUAGGAAUCGAAUUCUUGUAG